AUCUAGUACUCCGUUGUCAUAAGAUCCAGUCACACACAAGUUUCCAACUCAUAUAUAUACACAUUGUAAAUUAACUUAGGCCUGUUAACUAAACAAGAUGGCAGAACCAGGAGAACAACGAAAAUUCGUAUUGGGACGCUGUUGUAUUUUCCACUGGCGCGGGAAGGCUUCAAUAAUUAUACCCUUGAUCACACUGCCAAUUCUUAUUUAUGGCUUUCAGACCGACAUGGCCGAGUUCAAGUGCCUGUGGCUUAUUGUUACCAUGGCCCUGCUGUGGAUCACCGAAACCCUACCGAUAUAUGUCACGGCAUUGUUUCCCCUUGUCUUUUGCCCUCUCCUUGGUCUUGUGAAUGCCUCUAUAGUCUGCAAACAGUACUUCACCGACACCAUUGUGGUAUUCCUUGGUGGGCUUAUUGUGGCCUUGGGAAUUGAGUACAGUAAUCUACACACCAGAAUUGCCCUGAGGGUCAUUCGGAUUGUCGGUGGAAGUCCUAGACGUUUAUUCGUAGGCUUGAUGAGCGUGAGCACGUUUAUGGGAUUGUGGAUAUCCAACUCAGCCGGAACGGCCAUGAUGUGCCCCAUUGUCAAAGCGCUGGUCAAUGAAUUGGAUACCAACAAAAUAUUUCCCGUUUAUAUGACGCAAGAGGAAGAACCAGUAGAGGAGGGAGAACCACCACAUCCGUCGAAGAUAACAGUAGCCUUCUACGCUGGCAUAGCCUACGCCUCCUCCAUUGGGGGACUGGGAACACUGAUUGGCACAGGAACGAAUCUGGUCUUUAGGGGCAUAUACACGGAGCGAUUUCCCACUUCUACGGUGGAGAUUACAUUUGCCAACUUUAUGUUCUACUCGAUACCCUUGAUGGUGAUUGUAAACGUUACGCUGGUUAUCAUAGCUUUCCUCAUCACGCACAUGGGACUGUUUCGACCAAAUAGUAAAACCGGUAAAAUCAUUGCGGAGGCCAACACAAACAGGAAACUGAUGGAGGAUGUUUUGCGACAGCGCCAUAUUGAUUUGGGCCCAAUGAGCUGUCAUGAAAUUCAAAUGGCCAUCGCCUUUGCUUUUAUGAUAGUGCUCCUAAUUACCCGCAAGCCGGGAUUCGUUCCGGGUUGGAGCGAUUUGAUCAAUAGAAAGGUAGUGGGAAGUGCAUCGGGACUGUCAUUUAUUGUUCUACUGAUUUUUGCCUUGCCCACCCAAUAUACGUUCUUCAAGUACUGUUGCGGUAAAGGUCCGUUUACCGCCCAGGCGAUCGAUGCGAUAUUAUCGUGGGAAUAUGUUUUACGCAACAUUCCCUGGGGCCUAUUAUUUCUGCUGGGUGGUGGCUUUGCCUUGGCCGUGGCCAGCAGGGAAACUGGUUUGAACAUAAUGAUCUCCAAGGCCAUGCAAGUCCUCAUCGGAUUGCCAAAUAUUGUGGUGCAGUCGAUCACGUUUGUAUUGGCCAAUUUUUUCUCCGCUUUCAACGCCAACGUUGUUGUGGCGAACAUUGUGCUACCAAUUUUAUGUGAAAUGUCUCUCGCUCUGGAGCUACAUCCUUUGAUUUUAACUCUGCCAGCUUGUUUGGGAAUUAGCAUGGUCUACUUUUUACCCGUGAGCACGCCGCCAAAUGCAAUUGUUACCCAAUAUGCACAUAUUAAGACCAAAUACUUUGCCUGUUGCGGUAUAGUGCCCACCAUUAUCGGGAUUUCUGUGGCUCUGGUGAACACGAAUACCUGGGGAUUGAUAAUAUUUCCAGAAUCGAAAAGCUUUCCAGAUUGGGCAAAGGAAAUUAAGAAUCAAACAAAAAUAUAAUGAUGGAACUAAAGGGGUUUCAAAUCUUGUUAUAAAUUCUAUAAAAAUGAUGUUUUGGAACGCAAAAAGUAUAUAAAUUCAAAUGAAUUCUUGAUCACAACCACGUCAAGCCCGUUUAUUAUUUUUUAUUUAUUUUUUUUCGCGUUUAAUGGAUAUCUGAUAACCAAGGCACUCCUACAUACAAAUUUAUCAGUUGUCAAAAAUCAUGUGUAUUUUUUUGUUCGAACUUCAUUUCAAGUAUUCCAGUAGGCAAUGAUAUAUUGGUUCAAGUAAAAUCGAAAAAAUUCAUUACGAUCGUAUUAGAAGCCAAGCAAAAUGGGAGAUGCUGACGGAAAAAUUGGAGGUGGUCAGGCCGUAAAGAGAUGUUGCGGCUUCCAUUGGAGGGGCAAGGCGACCGCCAUGAUUCCUCUCAUCACAUUGCCGAUUAUGAUCUAUGGGGUCUUGGAGAAUAAUUUGGCAUUUCAAUGCAUGUAUCUGGUGGCCAAUAUGGCGCUCUUCUGGAUCACGGAAGCCAUUCCUCUAUAUUUGACAGCUCUGUUUCCGGUCGUUUUUCUGCCACUGUUUGGCAUUUUGACUUCGGAAAAGGUGUGCAGCUUUUACUUUAGUGACACCGUGGUUAUGUUCAUUGGGGGACUGCUUAUUGCUCUGGCCAUAGAAUAUAGCAAUCUCCAUCAACGUAUUGCACUCAACACUAUUCUAAUAGUGGGCUGCAGUCCGAGGCGCUUGCACUUCGGAUUGGUCAUGGUGACUUGCUUCAUUUCGCUCUGGAUUUCAAACUCAGCAGCCACUGCCAUGAUGUGUCCAAUAGUCAAAGCAGUGCUCAAUGAAAUGGAAACUCAAAACAUUUUUGCCAUUUACAAGACGCAGGAAGAGGAGCCAGUGGAAGAGGGAGACCCACCGCAUCCGUCGACAAUCUCGAUGGCGUUCUAUUUCGGCAUCGCGUACUCUUCGUCAAUCGGUGGUUGUGGCACCUUGAUCGGAACUGGGACGAACCUGACUUAUAAGGGCUUAUACGAUACACGUUUUCCCAACUCCGACGAGAAGAUUGACUUCCCCAUCUUUAUGGCGUACUCCGUUCCGUUCGUAGUGCUCGUGCUUAUCUUUCUCACGUACUUCUCGCUACAAGUCACACACAUGGGUCUCUUCCGGCCGAAUAGCAAAAUUGGUCAGGAGGUGAAGAAGGGCGCCGAGAGCCAGGACGUUGUCAAGGAUGUGAUCAAGCAGCGCAAGGCAGAGCUAGGACCGAUGAGCUGCCACGAGAUUCAAGUCGGUUUGCUCUUCGUUCUGAUGAUUUUCCUGCUCUUCACCCGAAAACCUGGUUUCUUUCCGGGAUGGGCUGACUUUCUGAAUGCCAAAGCCAUUGGCAGUGGUCCUCCAGUAUUUUUCGCAACAAUACUGCUCUUCGCGCUGCCCACACAGUACACCUUCUUCAAGUACUGCUGCGGAAAGGCUCCUUUCCCAGGACAAACUUUGGAUGCCUGCCUGUCGUGGGUCUACUGCCAAAAGUACACCCCCUUUGGCCUGGCCUUUCUGUUGGGAGGUGGAUUUGCUUUGGCUGAGGGCAGCAGGGUAAGCGGAAUGGCCAAAAUGCUGGGCGAGUCCUUAGCAUUCGCUGGUGAAAUGCAUUCCGUCCUCGUUAUAUCAAUGUGUAUUAUAAUCUCCCUAUUCUGCACUGCAUUCGCAUCCAAUGUGGCUAUCUGCAAUAUUCUUAUCCCGAUCUUCUCGGAAAUGGCCCUGGCCAUCGAAGUGCAUCCCAUGAAGCUGACUUUUCCGGCUGCCCUGGCCUGCAGCUUGGCUUUCCAUCUGCCCGUAAGCACUCCGCCUAAUGCAAUUAUAUCCGGCUUUACGGGUUUGAAAACAAAGUACAUGGCCAUCGCUGGGAUUCUGCCUACAUGUUGGGCCUUCCUAUGUCUGCUGUUCACCGGAACCGUGUGGACCAUGCUGAUCUAUCCGGGGACGACGGAAUUCCCCUCUUGGGCUAUUUAGCUCCAAUUAUAAAAUGCCUGCGAAGUGGGGACAAUCCAUAUCUACAGACAUACGAAGACUCGAAGAUUCAAGAUGGAACAUGUGAAAAAUUUCUGGUAUUCCCAAUAAUAUUUCUGUCAAAUCGAAAGGCUUUGAGGUCAAAUGAACUGGAUCUUUGUUUUGGCAGCAAUUUUGUUGAGUUGCAUGCCGCGUUUGGCAAAAUUUUUAGGUGUGCUCACAUUACUAAUCUUAUGCGGUAUUUCGUUUAAUGGCUAAUAAAUAAAAAGCCCACAAUUUGCGGCAAUAAAACCAC